AUGAGCGGAUCUAUGAAGAUUGCCACUUAUCUACUUAAAGAACAUCAUAUAGAUGUAAAUUACAUAAAUGACAAAGAAGAAACGGCGAUGAAUUUGGCAGCAAGAACAAGUAGUUAUUGGUUUAUUAAUUUUCUUUUGGAAAAUGGUGCUGAUCCGAAUUUAUCUGAUGAAUAUUCUCCUUUGUCUGAAGCAGCAGGAUGCGGAAAUAUCCAUGAAGCAAGGAUAUUACUUAAACAUGGAGCAGAUAUCAAUAAAAAAGACAAUAAUCGUGGAGAAACUCCUUUCCAACAUGCAGUAUCUCGCGCGGAAAUUCCAUUGUUGGAAAUGAUGAUGGAAUUUAAUCCUGACUUGGAAACAACAGAUUUUAAUGGAAAUACUCCUUUGAUUAAAUCAAUAAAAGAUUCGUAUUUCAAGAGAGGUGAUGUUGUUUCGUAUCUUGUUGAUAAAGGGUGCAAUGUAAAUGCAAAGAAUAAAGAAGGAAAAACUCCUUUGCAUUUUACUUGCCAAUAUGAAAUGUAUGAUUCUACAAUGUUGUUGUUUAAUAAAGGUGCAGAUCCAAAUGCUCAGGAUAAUGAAUUAAAUACUCCUGUUCAUAUUGCUAUAAUGAACAAACAAAGUAAAGCUGCUGCUUUUCUUGUUAAACAUGGCGGAAAUCCUAAUUUGCCAAAUGCUAAAGGUGAAACACCAAUGAGUUUGGCAAAGUCAAUGAAGUUCCCCAACCUUCAUAAAUUCUUCCUUCAAUACGGAGGAAAAGAUGAAUAA